CCUUGCUCUGGAGGACUCGGGGGCUCUGUCUGGACUGGGAUUGGAAGAAGGCGCCCCAGAGCAAGGGCUAGAGGCCACAGAGGGGUGGGGCCCAAAGGGACCUCUGCUGCAGAAAGAGGCAGAGAAGCCGAGGGAGAGCCCAGCAGCCCCGCAGUGCCUGCCUCAGGGGAGUCCGUGGCUUCUCAGAUCACAAAAGUGGUAGAAGGAUCAUGAUUUUCAGAGUUGGACAUGUACUGCAGUCAAAUCUUGCUGAUUAAAAAUUAAGCAGUGAAGACUUGAAUUCAAAUGUAUUUAUAUGAACCACAUCUAUCAUGCAUUCUUUAAAAUGGAUCAAUCAUAUUAUCACAAGUGUAUGGUGGCUGGUGAUAAUUGUUUCUUCACUACAACCAAUUCAUGGGGGUGAAUAUUCCUAUAUUAAUCGCUGUGGUGGACAAGAUUGCUCAGUUUGUCAAUGCUUUCUUGAAAAAGGUACAAGGGGCCAACCUGGCCAACCAGGACCCCAAGGUCCAAUUGGUGCCUUGGGUCCUGUAGGUCCAAUUGGUUUACCGGGACAAAAAGGCCUUAGAGGUGAUGUUGGACGGUCUGGGCCUGCAGGCGAAAGAGGCAACAUGGGUCCCACUGGAGUUCCAGGAUUUUCAGGUUUAGAUGGUGUUCCUGGGUUACCAGGACCAGAAGGACCUAGAGGCCAGCCUGGCUUGGAUGGGUGCAAUGGUUCAAGGGGAGAUCCAGGAUUUCCUGGGGAAGUUGGACGAAUUGGACCAAGAGGCUCAUUUGGUUUUCCUGGGCAAAAAGGAGAAAAAGGAAAUUCUAUCUACAUUUCUGAGUUCAUUAGAGGGCCUCCUGGAGAACGAGGAGAUCCUGGACCCCGUGGCAUGCCUGGUCGUAGAGGAGAGAGAGGACCAAGAGGUCCACUUGGUUUCCCAGGUCAACCAGGCAUACAGGGUGGUCAAGGUCAACCUGGUUUGCCUGGUGAUCAGGGGAAUCCUGGUACUGGAGUGGAAGGACAAAAAGGGGAACCGGGUGAUGUUGGACCUCCUGGAUCUCCUGGGCAGCCAUUAUUGGUUGGACCUCCUAGUUCGGAAUUGUUAAAGGGAGAAAAGGGUGUAAAAGGAAUACCAGGAUCUAUGGGCUUGAGAGGAUUGCCUGGCCGCAAAGGCUCACUUGGAAAUGGACAGAAAGGUGAAAAGGGGAUUCCUGGUUUCCCUGGAAUGCGGGGGAGUCCUGGUGCUUAUGGAUCUCCAGGUUUUCGAGGAAACAAGGGUGAAACUGGAAUUCCUGGAUUUCCGGGACCAUAUGGUUUUCCAGGGAUUAAGGGGGAUCCAGGAGAGAGUGGGCCACCAGGUCCACCGGGACCUCGAGGAAUACCACGUCCUGGAAUAAAAGGUGUUCAAGGAGAUCCUGGUGACCCUGGACCUCCUGGAGAUGUGGGGGCAGACGGCUUGACAGGCCCUUCUGGUGUUAAAGGAAAGCAAGGAGAAGAUGGAGCCAGUCUCCCUGGUCGCAAAGGUGCAUUGGGAGUACAAGGUCCACAAGGAUUUCAGGGUGACCCUGGACUCCCUGGUGUGUCUGAAACAGCUCCAGGAAGACCAGGAGCUCUAGGAUUACCAGGUUUUCCUGGAACACCUGGAAAACAGGGCUUGCCUGGCCCACCAGGUGUGGCCUGUAGUGAAAGAGGAUCCCCUGGACAACCAGGGACUAAAGGCCAGAAGGGGCAACCUGGAGAAAGAGGUGAAAAAGGAGAGAAAGGGAGUCCAGGCAGCUGCUCAUGUGGUUCAGGACCCUGUGGUGCACCAGGAAUACAAGGCCCACCAGGUGUCCCUGGAAGAAAAGGAGAGGUGGGAUUUGCUGGAAAAUAUGGAAGGAAAGGUGAUCUGGGCUUACCUGGUGCAACAGGACAACCAGGUCCACCAGGAAUGCCAGGCUCACCUGGGCUGAAUGGAGAAAAAGGAGAUAAGGGUGACCCAGCUAGAAUAAGAAUCAAAGGGAUAAAAGGACAAAGAGGUCUCCAAGGGGAACCUGGAUUUCCAGGGGAAAAUGGCAUUGCCGGCAGGGAUGGAGAACCAGGUUUACCUGGUGAAAAGGGCUUUAAGGGCAAUGAUGGAAGAGCUAUAUCUGGUGAUAAGGGAUAUCCUGGUGUUUCUGGACCUCCUGGCUCAACGGGGCCCAUAGGACUACCAGGUUUUGGAAUUCAGGGCCCACAGGGUGUUCAAGGUCCACCUGGAGAUCCAGGAAACCCCGGUUUAAGAGGAUCAUCUGGUCCUAAGGGUCAAAAAGGUACCACUCCUCCAUAUACAAGAGCAUAUGAUGGGGAUCCAGGUGCACCUGGUUUUAAAGGCACUGCAGGUCCAAAAGGUUUGAGGGGGCAACCUGGCCGACCUGGUCCCAAUGGUUUUGAAGGAUUCAAAGGUCGACAGGGCAGACCAGGAAUAUCAAAUAUUCCUGGCCCAGAAGGGUUAAGGGGUGAAACUGGUGAUCCUGGUGAGAAUGGUGAAGGUGGUUCAAGACUGGAUGGUACUCCUGGACUGACAGGCUCACCUGGGCUUGAUGGUCCAAAAGGUGUUCCAGGUGAUACCAAUUAUGGUCCUCCAGGAAUCCCAGGCAUCAGAGGCCUGCCAGGAUUGCCAGGAUUAUCAGGAAGACAAGGUGACCCAGGGUUUGCUGGGCUUCAAGGACAGCCUGGUACACCAGGAUUUCCAGGAGCAAAAGGUCUCAGAGGUAGAAAGGGUGAUACAGGUGUCACAGGAUAUCCUGGCUCACCUGGACCACCUUGUGAUAAUGACUUGCAGGGACCUCCGGGACCUCCAGGAUCCUUUGGAUCACCAGGUUCUAGAGGUUUGCAGGGCAACAAAGGUCCACGAGGAGAUAUGGGUGCACCAGGCCCAGCUGGGAUGAAAGGUAUGCCAGGAGUUCCUGGAACGCAAGGAUCGCCGGGCCUUCCAGGGUUAAGAGGAAACCCAGGCCUUCCGGGAGAAAAUGGAUUACCAGGCCUUCCAGGACAAAAAGGGAGCAAAGGGUCCAAAGGCAUGCAGGGUUUCCCAGGAUUCCCAGGAACUGAUGGACAAAUGGGAGCUCCUGGUGUGAAAGGGGAAGAAGGACUAACAGGUCAGCGUGGUCCUCCUGGAGAAUAUGGGCUUAUGGGGUCCAAAGGUGAAAGUGGACUGCAAGGAGAGGAUGGUUGUAUUACUGUAUUGGCAGAGAAAGGAGCAAAAGGGGAACCAGGUCUUCCUGGUGAGGAAGGCUUACCAGGAACACAAGGUGACAGAGGCAGCCCUGGAUUUCAAGGGUCCCCAGGAUAUCCUGGCCGAGAUGGACGUCCAGGAAAUGAAAAAGGUGAACGAGGUGAUGUUGGAGAGCCUGGUUUUCUAGGGCUACCGGGCCUCCCAGGGCCUGCAGGAGUAAGAGGAAUAAUUGGUUUUCAAGGACAGCAAGGUGAUCCGGGAGUACAGGGAUUGCCAGGUAUUCCAGGAAGUCCAGGACUUGAUGGUGAAAAAGGAUCUAAAGGUGCCAGAGGUGAUCCAGCCAUUAACAUUGGCCAGCCAGGUAAAAAGGGUCCUAUAGGAAAUCCAGGAUUACCAGGACUUAAUGGAUUACCAGGAGACCAAGGAGAACCAGGUGGUCAAGGGGAAUCGGGCAGACAAGGAUCCAAAGGGCUGGUUGGCUAUCCAGGAACACCUGGCUUUCCAGGUGCUCAGGGAGUUGUUGGCUUACCAGGAGUUCCAGGUGAACAAGGUAUUCCUGGUCUUUUGGGACUUCCUGGUUUGCCAGGAUUACCUGGCAGUCCAGGUAGAAAAGGUCUUUCAGGAUUGCCUGGAUUAAAUGGUCUCAAUGGACUGCAGGGUCAAAAAGGCCUGACAGGCCCUCCAGGUUUAAAUGAAAUGGGGCCUCCAGGACGCACAGGAGAACCAGGACCAAAAGGCAACAGAGGAGAACCUGGACUACCAGGAAUUUCCCGCCUGGGUCCCCCUGGAGACAUGGGCUUCUUAGGUCCUCCCGGUAUGCCAGGUGUGACUGGAUCUGCAGGCCUCAUGGGCCCACCUUCUGAAAGCAUACUUCCUGGACCUCCAGGAGACCAAGGACCUUCUGGGUUAGAUGGCAUUAGAGGACUUCCUGGCAAACCUGGCCCUCCAGGGACGACUAUACUUGUGAAAGGGGAUCCAGGUGAUUGUGGCACUUAUGGCCCACCUGGGUCUCCUGGCCCAACAGGGAAAAUGGGAACUAAAGGUAUUCCAGGAAAUCAAGGAAGAGAAGGUGUGAAAGGUCCAAUGGGAAACCCUGGCCCACAAGGGCCUCCUGGUGCCCCUGGUGAGCCUGGUGAUCAAGGUUUUAGAGGAUCUCCUGGUCCUUUGGGUCCCAAAGGUUGCAGAGGUGAUCCAGGUGAACCAGGGAAAGUGGACUACUCAUCUUGUCCCAAGAUUCCAGGGCCUCCUGGAGUACUAGGCCCAAGAGGAUCACCAGGUCCCAUAGGAUUAAGAGGGCCAGCAGGCUUCCCUGGCCCCCCAGGAAUGAAGGGAGAAGAAGGCUUUGUAGGUCAGCUGGGUCAAAAUGGCCUCCCUGGGCCACCAGGACCUUUUGGUGAUCAAGGUGACAUAGGAGAAAAAGGAUACACAGGGCUGCAAGGUCUUCCAGGCCCAACAGGAAUGCCAGGACCCCCAGGGCCUGAAACAAGAAUUGCUACUGGAUUCCUGAUUGUUCUUCAUAGUCAGUCAGAUGUAGAACCACUUUGCCCAGAGGGAAUGCCAAGGCUAUGGACUGGGUAUAGCCUGUUAUAUAUUGAAGGGCAGGAGAAAGCCCAUAAUCAAGAUCUUGGUAUGGCUGGAUCUUGUCUCCCUGUGUUCAGCACCAUGCCUUUUGCCUACUGCAAUAUCAACCAGGUCUGCUACUACGCAAGUCGAAAUGAUAAAUCUUAUUGGCUAUCAACUGCAGCUCCUUUGCCCAUGAUGCCCCUCUCUGAUGAAGAAAUAAAGCCUUACAUUAGCAGAUGUGCUGUAUGUGAAGCGCCUGCCCAAGCUGUUGCUGUUCAUAGUCAAGACCAAUCCAUUCCUCCCUGUCCAUCAAACUGGAGAAGUCUUUGGAUAGGCUACUCAUUUUUAAUGCACACUGGAUCUGGCGACCAGGGAGGUGGACAGUCUCUCAUGUCAACUGGAAGCUGCCUUGAAGACUUUAGAUCAGCACCUUUCAUUGAGUGCCAGGGUCAGCGAGGAACAUGUCACUUUUUUGCCACUGCACACAGCUUUUGGCUGACUACAGUAAACCCAGAGCUGCAGUUUGCCUCAUCCCCACUGUCAGAGACUCUUAAAGAUGAGCAACAACAACGACAAAAUGUAGGCAGAUGUCAGGUCUGCAUGAAAUAUAGUUAAGGAAACCCUGAACAUUUACCAGAUGGGGAUGCACUAAGUUGUGGUAUGAUUACAGAUGGUGCCAAUUCUUGGGUUUUUAUCUGGAAAAUGUGGAACAUGCCCAUGGCUUUAUGUCCGGUAGGCCAUGGAUACUAAUUCGUUCUGAUCCUCUGUGCAGCCAUAGUUGUCUAUGCCACAUGAGAAACACAAUGUUCUACAGAACCCUGGUAUUCUCCUAGAUGUCAGCAUCACCUAAUUUGCUGCUGCUAAAAGUGGAAGGGGAGCACAGCUACUGACUAUUCACAUCUUGGGUUUUUCUUUAUCAUGCAGCUGCCCUGCUUUGUUCUCUCUUUAUUCUGGGGCAGGGAGAGUGGGAGAGCAAAAGAUGAAAUAAUUGUACAUUUUUAAAAUAGCUCUAUCUCCAGCUGGAAUCCCUCUUCCUGCAGUGAAUGAAAACAGGACUCAUAAUGUUAUGCCUUCUUCCUUUUGCAGUACAUGGAUGGUAAUGUCGAUUUAAACUAGUGGAGACAGAAAAUUACCUUGUUACCCAAGUUUAAAUAGUAUCUCCAGUGGAUAGCAAAGUAUCAGGUCUUCAGGGAAUGCUGGGAGUAUAAUAGACAGUACUCAAAGUGAGAAGGCCACAAUUAGUCUUUGGCUUAUUUAGGAGAGAUCUACCCUGAACAAAAGGUAUCAUGGAAUCUGUUUAACAAGAAGACAGUGGGACAGGCUUCAUAAUAAAGAAGUAAUGCAUGAGUCUUUGCUCUGCAACAGAUUUAAGAUAGACGAGACAAAUAAAACUUAACAAUAAAAGUUCAUAUGAGUAUACAAUUUUUCAGAAGUGUUUCUUGAGAUGAAAAAUGAAUACUUCUGCAGCAUCACUGUGUAGUUAUUCUGUUUGUCUUCUGUUCUGUGCAAGCUACUCAGUAUAUUACCACUCCACUCCCUUCAAUUUACCCAAUCAGUU